AUGGAUGACGCUGGUUUACAAGAAGAAUUAGAUGUCGACGGUUAUAUGGAUGAUCUCAAAGUGCACGGAAUGGGUCAAACUAUUGAAUUUUGUCAAAAAAGGCAACCUGGGGCGCGUUAUUUGUGUCCUUAUGGUUGUGGAAAGCUAGUAGCAAUGCGAACAAUUGAUUAUCACAAAAAUAACGGGUGUGGACGAAAGACGGAAAGUGCAUUCAACAAUCCUGACCUCAAAAAACGAUAUUAUUGCUGCGGAGUUUGUUACGUUGAAUUUGUAACAAGAUUUGAGUUUCAUGCUCAUCUUCGAAUGGAACACGAUGUUCAUCCUGAUAUACAUCAGCUUCAUUUUAAGGACAGAACAACAUUUGAUAGAUUCGUUCGUUGGCUCGAAAUGGAAGGCGGAGCGCAUUUUCGACACAAAUCUGGAACAAAGCGUCGACAACGCGGAAAGGGAAUCUUUAUGGCAUGCAAUCGUAGUGGUUAUGUUAAUUCUAAUCAAAUCCCUAUGAAUCGCGAAAGGACCGGCCCAUUUCGUCUUGGAUAUUCUUGCACAGCUUAUAUUCAUGCAACGGAGUUUGCCGAUGGACGUGUUAGUGCAGAAGUUUGUGGUGAUCAUUACGGACACGAUGCGAGAAUGAGAUUACCAAAUAUUAUCAAGUAUAUUGUUGCACACAAGCAAUUAGAAGGUGAAACAAAUAGUGAAAUUAUUGGCUAUUUAAGAAGGCAUUUUUUAAAUUUUGCACAUGAUAAUAUCUAUGCUCAACGCAUUUGCUUUGUCGAUCAUGAAGAACUAAAGUCGAUAUUUCUAUCAUACACCAAAAAAUGGGAUGCGGCUGGGAUGAUUCCGCAAAAGUGCGAAAUUUGGGAGGAAGAGCUUCUCGAUCGAGCUGGAAUCGUUCGAGAAGGUGUUCCAAGACUUCGAGAUUAUAAUGAAAAAACGACAAGUGAUAUUGCUGUUGAAGAGCAAUGGCCUCGACCGAGAGUUUUCGUCGCCAAAAUUCGAGCCGAAGAUGGAUCAUUAGUUCCAAUUGAUAUGACUAGGGCAGAUGAAGGAGGAGAAACUUCUUUAUUAUCUGCUAAUGGAUUUAUACCAGAUGCCGAAGGAAACGGUGUUGACGAUACGAGAUACGACGAUAUUGAUGUGGAUGAAUAUACUGAAGAACCAUACGAAGAACGAGGGAUAGAAGACGCUAAUGAUGAAUAUUCAAAUCGAAUAAUCCGACAUGAUGUUCGAGUUGAAGUGGAAACACCGUCGUCAUCUCGAUUGGAAAACGUUGGCGCUGAAAAAAAUAAACAUGAAGAUUUAUACGAAGAAGAGCAAAUCAUUUUAGAAAACCCAAACGAGGACGUUGUAAUUGUUGACGAUGAUAUAAAAAUGCAAAUGGAGCAAAGGAAUAUUCCUGGAACAUCUCACGAGGAUCACAUGGAGCAAGUCGGAAUGAUUGAUUGUCCCUCCAGUCGCUUGACAAACAGCUUUCUGGAGGAAAUCGAAGCCUUCAAAUUAGAUUUAUUGAAAAAAUCAAGUACUAUGAAUAUAACGAAUCUGAGAUCAUUGUUCAUUCGAUUUCAAACCUUGCAUAAUUCUCUUAUGGAUAAGGUUUUGGAAGAUAAUAAGCCAAUCACCGUAUUUCCGAACAGAAAUCGACUAGCUUAUCGGCCGGGAAAAAGUCUUGAUAAGCAUGAGCCAGCACAUGCCCAAUAUGGAAGAGGAGAUAUCACCCUUUUGCCAAUAGCUGAUGAAUUAAGUGAUGAUGAAGCAUUGACAGAGCCUUGUAGACAUGAGAUGAACUAUAACGCCAACUUCUGGAGCUGA